AGCUCCAAAGUUUCCAGUGACUUUGUUCCUGCAUCACCAGGUUGUGUGGUGAGGGAAGGUAAACCGAGUCAUCAUCCAAUGGCCCAUGCGCUAGCUUUCCACAACUUCAACAUCAGAUCAACCAGCUCGUCCGCCAGAGCGUGAAUCCUCAAACGUCUGCAUAUCCUGCCCAGACGAUCACCAUGACAGUCGCAGAGACCAUUUCAAAUGCUGCUGAGAGCGUGAAAGAAGCCGUCGGCCUGGGCCAUGGCGGACCCAGCGUUCCGGCUACGCGCGAGGAGAUGGCCGCUGCCAGAUUACCUCUCCAGUACCGAGACUCAUGCGCACACCUUCUGAUCCCGCUCAACAAAUGCCGAUUCGACAACUACUAUUUGAACUGGCGAUGCCAGGACGAGAGACAUUCGUACGAGAAGUGUCAGUACGAGGAAUUUAAGCUACGAGUGAAGAAGAUGGACCAGAUUCGGGCAGAGAAGAACGGUGCGCGGAGCAAUUAGAAGGCAAAAGCGGGAUGACUUUCUGAAGGGAUGUCGGAAUUAAAGCAUGCUGGGAUUAUCAGUUGAUAUUGUACUUUUACACCGGCUAUGGAUACUAUUUGGUGGAACACAUGGAAAUGGAGUACUGCUUCACAAGAAUUGUCCAUUCUGAUUCAUGAUCGCGAUCGCGAUCGCGGCGUCGAGCCCACCGGA